UUGGUCCUUGAUCGACUUGCAUGCGUGUGUGUGAGCAAAUGUAAGAGUGUGUGUGUGGGAGAGAAGUGUGUAUGUGUGCGUAAGGCUGCGUGGAGAGCAAAUCGAGAUACAGUAGUAACCCAGAGUGAGGUGGCAGUCUUAUUCCACAUCGACUUGCCCCUGCACACAUCUUUAUCUGAGUCCAUAUCUGUGCUGCGGAGUGAAGGAGAACGGCUCGGCAUGGCCUCUGGACGUGGCUGUGGGCAAUCUGAGAUCUGAUCUGUUCUUUGUGUGGAGACUGGCUGGAAGGCGUUCUUUUCGGAGUGUUUUCUGCUCUGAUGCGGUUGAAUAGCAACAAAGGACGGGAGCGCGCAUUCAUGGGACGCGACUUUGACAGCUCUCCGUCUAUUCUCUUAUAACUUUAUCAGCAGUCAGCAGGGACCAGAUUGUGUCUGGAGCCGGAGAUAAUGGCCGAGGCUCCGCUCCCCGAAGCGCUCCCGGACUUGGACGUGAUCAUCGACCCGGACUUUGAACCCAAGAAGCGACCCCGGUCUUGCACCUGGCCGCUGCCGCGACCAGACUCUAGCGCUGUGAAACCGGAGAGCACCGAGCCGGAUAUCAUACCCGAGGAGGAGGAUGACGAAGAGGACAGCGCAACUCCCACGGCCAUCACUGUCAAUGGCUUCGGUGCGGCGACGGAGGACCAGAGCAGCAACAGCCCCGUUACCGAUGGUCCGUUCCCCUCCCCCGGCCAUGACAGCGGAGGCUCCCCGCUCUCCACGCACUCACCCACGACCACCUCUGGCGCCCUGACUCCAAGCGGCUUGACUAUUGCGCAGACCCCGAGAAAGGCAUCAUCCCGCCGCAACGCCUGGGGGAACCUAUCUUACGCCGACCUGAUCACCAAAGCCAUCGAGAGCUCACCAGAGAAGAGAUUGACCUUGUCCCAGAUUUAUGACUGGAUGGUGAGAUCCAUCCCCUACUUCAAAGACAAAGGCGAUAGCAACAGCUCUGCAGGAUGGAAGAACUCCAUCCGGCACAACCUCUCACUCCACAGUCGUUUCAUCCGUGUCCAGAAUGAGGGAACGGGAAAAAGUUCGUGGUGGAUGAUCAACCCAGAGGGAGGAAAGGGAGGCAAGGCUCCACGGCGCAGGGCAGUCUCCAUGGACAACAGCAACAAGUACACCAAGUCUGCCCGUGGCCGUGCUGCUGCUAAGAAGAAGGCUGCCCUGCAGGCUGCAGCUGCUGCAGCUGGGGAAGGAGGUGGAGACAGUCCUUCAGGUCCCUCUAAGUGGCCGGGAAGCCCAACAUCACGCAGCAGCGAGGAGCUGGAUGCCUGGACAGAUUUCCGUUCCCGAACCAACUCCAAUGCCAGCACACUUAGCGGGCGCCUCUCACCAAUCUUAGCGAAUCCUGAACUAGACGAGGUGCCCGAUGAUGAGCCUCCUCUCUCACCAAUGAUUUACACCAGUCCCGGCAGGGCUUUGUCUCCAGGACACACUGUGACCAAUGGGAAGCCUGUGCCUACUGAGCUGCCUCGUCUGGCGGAUCUGGCAAAUACAAUGAACCUUAAUGAUGGAAUCACACAAGACCUGAUGGAUGAUUUGCUGGAUAACAUCAAGCUAGUACCAACCACCUGCAACCAGGCCAUGCAGAAUGGUUCCUCAGGGUUUAGUUUUGGGUCUAAACCCAAUGGGAUAGGGUCUCCUUCCUCCUCUUCAUCUCCAUCCUCCAACAACUCCUCUAAUGGAGGAGGUAAUAGUUACAGCAACUCCAUCUUUAGCCCUUACACAACAGGUUCCUCUCUGCGUCCGUCCCCCAUGCAGACCAUCCAGGAGAAUAAGCAAACAUCCUUUUCCACCACUGGCAUGUCUCGCUUUGGCAGCCAAACACUACAAGACCUUCUUAACUCUGACAGCCACAAUCAUAGUGAUGUAAUGAUGACCCAGUCCGACCCAUUGAUGUCACAGGCCAGUGCUGCUGCCAUCGUUUCCCAGAACUCCCGUCGAAAUGUUAUGGUCCGUAAUGAUCCUGUUAUGACUUUUGGGACCACUGGUGGACUUCAGGGUAACCACAGGGAGAUGCUCCAAACUAACAACCACAACCAGAGCACUGCAAGGUCUUUGAACGGAGACCUGAACCUCGUCAACGAGGCAAAUACUUUGGCUAAUGCCAAACAACAGCUCUUACUGUCACCAGUUGGCGGUAAUGGAAUUUCCUCCAUGCAGAUUGACACAUCGAUCUUUCUAAAUGGCACAGUUAGCAGUGGUGGAGUUUGUCAGGACCGCUUCCCAACAGACCUGGACCUGGACAUGUUCAACGGUGGCAGCCUGGAGUGUGACAUGGAGUCUAUCAUUAGGAAUGAUCUGAUGGAUGCAGAUGGUCUGGAAUUUAAUUUUGAGUCCCUGGCUAACAUGAAUGGAGUCAGCAACUUCACAAGCACCAAGCAGACAUCCCAGAGCUGGGUGCCUGGCUGAGAUGGAAGAAGAAGAGCAGGUCUGACUUGUGUGGUGCAAGAGGAGAUCAGGCAGAACCUCCCUUUGUUGCCAAACCAGCCAUCAGCACAAUGUAAAAUAUAAACCCUGUGUUUACAGAAGUAGACUUCCUCUCACAAGCUUUACCUUUGCUCCCACACUGGUGAACCAUGGACGACCUGACAAACUUUAAAGAUGCUGCACUUCAGCCCAAAAAGCCUCCUGUGAAAGAAAAAAACUUUGUGAAAAAUGCUCAACAAGCUUGCUAAAAACUUAGUUAUGCAAUUUUCUUUUUUUCACAUCCGAUCAGGAGACCCUGCUUAUCAGAAAUAUGUUGAGGUGGAAUCAAGGACUAAAAGUCAGGGGAAGACAUUAGAGAUCAUGGUGCAGUUGUUCCCACUAAAGACAAAAAAAUAGAUACAAAUCAAGACGGGAUGUGGGAUGUUUUACGUACAAAAAAAAAUCCAUCUGUUCUGUUAUUUUAUUUGUUUCCUGUUUGUUUUUUGGCAUCAUUCUGUUUUAGCAAAAAUGUUUCAGGAUUGAUCAUGUUUGUAUAAAAACAAUAGAAAUAAGAUUGGCAUUGGUAAAAUGAAGAGGCUCUUACUGAGUGGUUGUGCAUACAGUUUUUGCAGACACUCAUACAAACUGAAACUUUGCAAAAACCUAAGAAACCUUAGAAGUUGAAAUUCCUAAAGUUUAUGCAAUGCACUUACUGUUUUGCUUGAAUUCAUAAAACUGCAGCAUACUAAUCAGCUAAAAACUGCAUCGUAUGAUUCAUCCUUGUGUACACCAAAGUGUGCAUAAAGAAGGAGGAGAAAAGAUUUAAAAUGUCUUUUUUGUUGUUGUAAAAGCUUCUGGGGAGCUCUGUUGAGCUUGUUUAUUGCAACCCAUGAUGUAGCCAAAAGGAAACCUGUAUCCUAGUGUUGUGAACAUUUCUACAUCACUACAGGUGCUAUAUGAACAGUGUUAAAUCAUGUCCUGAGAGCAAGCUGCGCCUGUUGUUUUACCUGCUUUUUGUUUGGUUCUGCUUAAUCUUCGACUGGCAGAAUCCCAGAGCUGCAGCCACGUGUAGCGCAGCCAGAGCGAAAAAGACAGCAAGGGGUUUUUUUUUCAGCCUCAUUCCUCUAGAAGCCACUUGUUUCUUGAGCAAAAAAAAAAAAAAAAAAAACAAUAAGCUAUGUCUGUAUAUUGCCAAAUUCACUUGAAACAAACAGUAGGGUAUGCUGGCAGCCAAAACGCACAUGAACAAACACGCACACACACAUCUUUUACAUAUACAAAAAAAUCUAUAAGCAGGGAUCUGUGUUAAAGCUCUUCUCGUCAAACAGAUUGCGGAGUUCAUUAUGCAUAUACACAAUCACUCAGGGGGGAAAGGGAGGCUUUCCAGUCACAUUGUAAUGGUAUUACAUUUAAAAUUUCUUGAUAAUAAAAUCUAAUACUUUGUGCUUGUGAACUUGUAACCUGUGAACUUGUAGUCGUUGAGAUGAAGCAUAGAAGGGAGGAUAAAUGUCAGGAUUAUUAAGUCACGCAUGUCUUGUUAUUUUAUUCUUGCUUUUUGUUUGUUUUUUGCAGUUUCUUUCCUCAUGUUGAACUCAUGAUAGACACACACACCUCCUCAUGGACACGCCUGGUGCUCCUGUAGGUGACUUCUUGUAUCUCCCGACUUAAGUGUCAAUGCGUGUGUGCGUUUAUUUACCGCGUCGAUUUCAGUUGGAUUUUUCUCACGAGGAUGUGUAAUAUCUCGUGGUGCAUACAGCACUGUUGGCCUGUAUGCAUGGACGUCUUUAUGCAUCAUGAAUUGUGUGACAAAUGCAUAUAUUACUUGCUGUUUUGUCUUAUAUACUCAUUUUAGUACUUGAUCCUUGGGUUUUUGUGAUACCUCUGUAGUUGAAGAAACAUGAAACAACGUUACGCGCCGGAUGUGUGGGAACACUGUUACCAGCGAUUUAACUGUUGAACUUUUUUUUCUUUCUUUAAAUGGUCGGAAGCACCAUUGUUGUAGCAUCUGGAAACCGUGAUACCCCUAUCCUAUUUUGGGGUAGUGACAUGAAGUGUAUUCCUUGCUUUGUAUAAUAGUGUACAGAUUUGUGUAUAUCAUUUUGAAGCAGAUAAGUCGUUGUGCAUGGUUGGCUAAAAUAGCAGCUGUGCAAUCUGAGGUUUUAAUGCAUGAUUUAACUCGACCCUUCCGUCCCUUUAACAAUUAGAAUAUAGAGAAGAAUCCUGUGAUUUUUAGCACCCAAACACACACACAUUUUUUAAAAUAAAAAAUCAAGACUUGCAUAGGAACGCUUGUGCCAUCAUUCUCGUUUUUAUAGGUUUAUACCUAAAGUUGCUCUCUAAAGUGUACACUCCCCUGUUAAACUGACAGGUUUUGGUUAUGUAAACAAAAACAAAUCAUUAGAAGUUAUUUCUAAACCUGAUCCACAUAUAGUGGUGUAUUCAUUGUAUGCAGUUCAACUGUAGAGCAAACCAAUAUAUUACAUUAAAGGAAUUAAAAGGUGCAAUAAUCUAGUUGCAUAAAUUAAGACUUUGCUAAAACACCCACAUCUUGAUUCGACAAUACUCUACGUUGCAAAAGUUUUUUAGAUCUCUCAGGUCUCCCAUCCACAGCACUCUUGAGGUGACCCCGCAGAGUUUCUGUCAGAUGUAAUUCUAAACCCGGUCAUUUCUAAAAUUGAGCAACAAAUUGAGCAAAUGUCAGGAAAACCCUUUUGGGACAACUUUUUUCAGUGAUAAAUUUGUUUGGUUUUUGUUCACAUUGCACAGGAAAUAGAAGACAUUAUAUGUGGGAAAACAAUUAGAUUUUUAAAAGUUCUGUUUCUUUAUAUUGCAAAAGCCUGAUACAUUACGGCGCUAGGGCCACCGUACAUGCAUAUCCACAUACAUGCAUGUCCAGGAUAAGCGUCCUUGGAUAUUUCUUGUAAACGUCCUGCCUGGUGCUCUUAGUAAGAAGCCAUUUAAUGUACUUGAAGCUGGAACGUCCAACACCUCAUUUUAUCCAACAUUUCCAGAACACUACCAUUCGUCUUGGCAGGGAGAACCUAGAUAAACUGCUAUUCAUUCAAAAUUCAUCUGCACAGCUUAACACUGACAAGGUGAAUCUUGGGAACGCUCUAACCCUUUCUUGUGUAAAGAUUGGGUUAUUGAUCCCAGAUUAACUGCAUCUCAAUCCAGAAUAGGUGUUCCUGACAUUUUUUAACAGUUAGUGUAAAGGGCUCUUAGCUCUUUACUAAGUUACAGUGGAGCUUCCCUUUCAAGACAGCCACUUAAUGGUCUGCUCCAUUCUAGCACAGUGUUCAGUUUGCAUAGAUAUUUUACAUCAUGUGCUGAAGUAAAGUUAUAUAAUAAAAUGAUACCACUAGAUACCAUAAUGACCUCUGGGACAUCACCUUUUUUAUCAUUCUCUCUAAAGAAGCCCAGGACAACUUUUUCUUUCCACACACCUCUGAACUUUGCCCUUUAUUAAUCUUGUUUCUUCUCAGCUCAAUGUUAGUGGGUAUUUUACCUUUGUAUUCUCUUUUUUUUUUAUUGUAAUCUACUUUGUAUAAGAAAUGGUGCGCAUGUAAAUAAAGCUUGGUGAGGAUCCA